AUGAGCACUGCUUGGGAGCUCUUGCCGGUGGAAGCUCCCGGAGACGGCGGGCGCACAGGGAGGGCCACCCGCGGCUGCCGCGCCGUGCGCUCGAGACACCGGCAGUCCGAGCACGCCCGCGACUGGGAGUGCGAGGUCCACGAGGCGCUGAACGGCCUCUACUCACAUGGCGCGCCAGAUGGCGACCAGUUUUUGUCGAGUGCGCAGGAGGCUGGCGCACAGCACGUGAAGGACGUGAUCUCGUCCGUCGGCCCGCCCCGCAUCGCCCCCUGCGCAGCCUUCACUGAGCUGCGCGGGCACGCUCCCGGCUACGCCCAGAUGCCGGAGAUUCGCACGCCCUUCCAGCGGGACCUCGUCUCGCUCCCCCGCGGGGGCCGCGCCCUCUGCGACGGCUUAUUGCUCUUGGAGGGACCUUACAAUGAUCCGAAAUUGGUUCGAUCGCAGCCCCCCCUGGCUUCUUUCUUGCUCGACCUCUACGAUUCUAAUUUGCUGUGCUUCGGGCCGGAGCAGUCGGCCACAGUUGGGAUGUCCUUCGUGCUGAAGUCCGACAAAGUUCGGCAGCGCUUGAUAUUCGACACCAGGGCCGCGAAUCAGGACUUCGCCGACCCGGGCUACACGCAGCUCCCCACCGCGGGCGCCUGGAACGGCCUCACGCCGAGGCCAGGCGACAAGCUCUUCCUGUCCCAGGUCGACGUUGACAACGCGUUCUACAGGAUCCUGCUGCCGCCUGGGCUGAGCCGGCGCUUCGUCUUGCCGGCGGUCAGCCGGCGUGCCUUGCUGGCGGCGCGCCCGGGGCUCGUGCUCCCGGAGGGGGGCGAGAUCUCGGGCUUCCUCCGCGUGCUGCCGAUGGGGUGGACGUGGAGCCUUUACUUCUGCCAGUCCAUGGUGGAGACCGCCGUGCGGCGGUCGGGGUUCCCCGACAGCCGCCUCGUGAGGGAUCGCCACACCACCCUGGACGUCCGCUCGGGGAAGGUUGCCGCCGUGUACGUCGACGGCGCGGCGAUCCUCGGCACGGACUCCACCAUGGUCGACCAGCGCUGCCAGGACGUGACGCGCUGCCUGCAGGACCACGGGCUGAUCUGCAAGGGCGUGGAGCGCUCGGGGGGCUUGCAGAAGUUCACAGGCCUCAACUUCGACGUGGAGACGGGCAAGAUCUCCCUGGGCCGCGGGCGGCUCUGGCGGCUUCGGCUCGGUCUGCUGUGCGCGGCCGACCAGCGGCACAUCACGGGGGGCGACUUGCGCCGCCUGGUGGGCCACUUCACGUGGGCGGCGCUGGUGCGCCGCGAGCUGCCGGCGAUCUUCGACAGCGUCUACCCCUUCGCCGAUCGCGCCGGCAGCUGCCAGUGGCGGAUGUGGGCCAGCGUCGAGCUCGAGCUGCGCCGGGCGGCCGCCUUGGUCUGCUUCUGCUUCGUGGACCCGAAGAGGCCCCUGGCGUCUGACAUCUACGCCACCGACGCCUCGGGGAGCUCGGGCGUCGACGCCGGCGGGCGCGGCGUCAUGGGCCGGGGCAGCGAGGCGGACGUGGUCCAGCGCCUGGCGUGCCAGGCCGAGCGCUGGAGGUACAACGUCAUGGACGCCAUCACCGCUUGGUGCCACAUGCUGGGCGCGGAGGCCCCGAUGGCGCGCUGCAGCCGCGCCGCCAGGAAGGGCGACUCCGACUUCCUGGCGGCGACGGCCGCGGACAUCGGCGCCUUCGACGACUGUGGCCUGAAGGUGAAGGGCAGGUUGCGCAUCCAGGACAACGUCAUGAGGGCGGAGGGCCGUGCUGUCAUCUUGGCGGUGAGGCACCACUUGAGGCGGGUCUCGGCUCAGUGCCACCGCCUCGUCGUACUGUGCGAUAAUUUGUCCGUCGUGCUUGCGCUCGGCAAAGGAAGGCCCCCCUCGCCUCGCUCCAUGCGCACCUGCAGAGAGAUGCUUGCACUCAGCCUCUUGGGAAACUUGGUUGUGGCCGUGAGAUGGAUUGCCUCGGAGCUCAACCCGUCCGACAGGCCGUUUCGGCCCAAGUCCGCGAUCACCAACGACGCCCGCCUCGACCCGCGCAGUGCCUGGUACGAUGCUGAGACGGCUGCCCGCUGGGCUGCCGAGCGCCGGGGCCAGGCCGUCGACGAGCUCGUCAGGGACGAGGUCGGCGACAUCCACGGGCUGGGAGGGCUGGGGGGCUGCUUCCUCGCGGACCCUACGCCGGGCGGCCCCCGAGGCUCCGCCUCGGCCACCGCCGGCGGUGCGGACGCUGCCCUCAGCUGGGAGGCCGCGAGGGUGUCCGACAGGCAGGCUCGGACGUAUGCCUCGCUCCGCCAGGCCUUCUUGGAGUGGGCCCGCCGCCAGGGCUGCGCCACUCGGACGACGAGCGAGCUCGACAUGGCGCUCGCCAAGUACCUCGACAUGCUGUACUUCGGGGGCUUCAGCCAGUCGCGCGGCCAGAAGACCGUCGCGGCCCCACGCCACUACCGGCCCGAGUGUGAGCUCAACGGGCCCCACGGCUUCGUGCGCACGCGGGCCGCGCUAAGCGGCUUCCGCCGCCGAGCGCCUGGCGGGACGCGCCGACCGCUGCCUCGCCCAGCCUACCUGGCCAUCCUCGGGGCGGCGCUGCACUUCCGCCUGAAGGAGUUCGUGCUCGCCCUCGUGAUCGCGUGGGACGGGUUCCUGCGGCUGCCGACCGACGUCGUGGAGAUGGGGGGGGGCAGCUUGGCCGCGCGGCCGAGCAAGGUCGGCCACUUCGACGAGGGGGCGCUGCUCAGAGGGCGAGAGACCAGCCUGCCGGACGCGUCCCUCCACGCACUCAAGAGGGGGUCGACGCCGUCCGGACGCCUGUGGAGCCUCGACUCAGCCGAGUUCCGGAAGCUGCUCGCACGGCGCGCCUCCCUCGCCAACCUGGACCACAUGAAGCCCUACCAGCUGCGGCACGGCGCGGCGCCCCACGCCGCGCUGGUAGGCGAGCUCGCACCCGACCAGAUCCAGGAGAGGCUGCGGCACUUGCAGGCCACCAGGUACCAGCGGCACACGCGCUACCUCGCCGAGUGGUCGCGGCUCGAGCCCCCCCCUGCUGCAGUACGCCAAGGGCCUGGAUGGGGCAGCUCCUCACGCACUACCUGCGAGGCGCGCC